AAUGCUGGGACAGCAAUAAAACCCGGACAUCGGAGUUACCUUUUAGUGCAUUUCCAGAAUUUGCCGCGAAAAGAACAGACAUCCAAAAUAAGUAAGAAAUGCUGACGAAACUACUGAAAAUCAGCUGCACUUCGAGGCAGUGCACCUUUGCCAAGCCCUACGAACUGAUUCCCGGACCACGCGGUCCCUUUGGCUUGGGAAAUUUGUACAACUACUUGCCCGGUAUAGGCUCCUAUUCCUGGCAAAGGUUACAUCAAGCCGGGCAGGAUAAGUACGAUAAAUACGGUGCUAUAGUGAGAGAAGUUAUAGUUCCUGGACAGGACAUAGUGUGGUUGUAUGAUCCGCGGGACAUUGCCUCUCUGCUCAAUGAACGUGAUUGCCCCCAGCGAAGGAGUCAUCUGGCUCUGGCCCAGUACCGUAAGAAGCGACCGGAAGUAUACAAAACCACCGGACUUUUGCCCACAAAUGGGCCUGAUUGGUGGCGUCUCCGAGCGCAACUCCAAAAGGAACUAAGUGCCCCAAAAAGUGUGAGAAACUUUGUGGCGCAGGUGGAUGGAGUUACCAAGGAGUUUAUGAGGUUUCUGCAGGACACCAGGGAGGGGGAUUCUAUCGACAUGCUGCCCCAACUAACAAGACUGAACUUGGAGUUGACCUGUCUGUUGACCUUUGGUGCCCGCCUGCAAUCCUUCUCCCCGAAGGAACAGGACUCUAAUUCGCGUUCCACGCGCUUGAUGCAUGCCGCUGAGACCACAAAUAGCUGCAUCCUACCCACGGAUCAGGGCCUGCAACUUUGGAGGUACAUGGAAACUCCAAACUACCGGAAACUGAGCCAAGCCCAGUCCUAUAUGGAGGAGGUGGCUUUGGAGUUAUUCGAGGAGAACAUAAAAAACAAUUCCAAGGGAGCCUCGUUGAUCUCGGCAUACUUGAAGAAUCCUGAACUAGACCGCAGUGAUGUGGUGGGCACUGCGGCAGACCUUCUCCUGGCUGGCAUUGACACCACCUCGUACGCCUCGGCCUUUCUCCUCUAUCACGUGGCCAGAAACCCAGAGGUGCAACAGAGACUGUUCGAGGAGGCGAAGAGGGUGCUGCCCAAUCCCAAGGAAGAGCUCUGUGCAGAUGCUCUGAGGACAGACAUCACCUAUACAAGGGCUGUUUUGAAGGAGUCCCUGCGCUUGAAUCCCAUUGCCGUGGGUGUGGGACGAAUACUUAACCAGGAUGCAGUCUUUAGUGGUUACUUUGUGCCCAAGGGGACCACCGUGGUGACCCAGAAUAUGGUUGCCUGCCGCCUGGCACAGCACUUUGAGGAUCCUCUGCGCUUUCAGCCAGAUCGCUGGCUCCAGCACAGGAGUGCCCUGAAUCCCUACUUGGUUCUGCCCUUCGGACAUGGGAUGCGAGCCUGUAUCGCCCGCCGCCUGGCCGAACAAAAUAUGCACAUUCUACUCCUCAGGCUGUUGCGAGAUUACGAAUUGAUUUGGUGCGGAUCUGAUGGCGAAAUGGAUGUCAAGACCCUUCUGAUAAACAAACCAGACUCUCCAGUGCUGAUCGAUCUGCGAAAGCGAUCCGAAUAAUCUGCAAGUCAAAGAGACUACUUUAGAGAACAGAGACUCGACACUUCACUUUUAAAUAAAUUGUUUAUUAAUUGUA